UUUUUUUUUUCUCUAUUUUUUUUUAAUUUAUUUCACCCUUCCACCCUCAAAAGAAAAUGUCAGAACUACCUACAACCAACGAUUCACCACUUUUAAUACCAUCGCAAGUACGACAAGUACAGCCUGAUACACCUGAUUUGAGCAAUCCAUACAUGUAUCCAGCCAACCCAGCACCUGAUGGAGACACAAGAGAAGAAGUAGUUCGACAACAUACGGCGAGUGUGAUGGGAGAUCCCGAACUACAAAAGAUCAAGAGCUCCUUUUGGAAGACGGCAGGACGAUUGCAGUCGGCGAUUGGAUCGAUGACCGGUCUCGAAUCAUGGCAGACGUCUGGACACAAGACGAAGGAAGAAGCGGAGAGAGAGUAUAGGGAGGCUGAAGAGCGAUUGAAUGGUGGGGAGGCGAGUCGAUUACACGGUGAGUAUGAUCGAUUGAUGGGAUACGUCACUUACGCUGUUGGUCAUGUGUCUGGCGAUCCCGAACUACAGUCUAAAGCAAAUGAACGAGCCCAGCAGGGUGAGGAAGAAAUUGGCAAAUUUAACCAUCGUUAAAAAUCAUAAUUAUUUUUAAUUAAACGAGGGCUAUUAUUGUUAAAUGAAAAAUAAAAAAAAAGUGUGUGUACG